AUGAAUUCAACAAUAUGCCCUCGUUGCCGUACGGCACUACGCCAAUCCCUACGAACCCUACGAUCUCACCAUCUCCGUACAAUAUCUUCAUCUCCCUCUCGCUCUUCACCCCACUCCCAAAACCCAGCCUCCCAAGCCUCGACAAGCAUAUCAGAAAUCCUCUCGAAACCAAGCUGGUCCGUCCGAUCACUCCUCCCUUCCUCUUCAACCUCAACUUCCGACGAAACCAUAACCCCCAAAACCCUCCACCACCUGCUCCGGCUCUCCGCCCUCCCACCCCCAAGCUCGCCCGAAGAAGAAUCCCGUAUGCUCUCAACCCUACAAUCACAACUACACUUCGUCCGCGCAGCCCGAGACGUCGACACCACGGGCGUCGAAUCCCUGCGCGCCAUCCGCGAUGAAACCACAGCCGGACUACGCGAACAAGCCAUUGGCCUAGACCGACUACGAGACGCGUUAGCAAGGGAGGACGUAGUAGGCCAUGCGCGACGGCCACGACGACGACACCGAGAAGAAAGCCGGAGUGGAAGAAAUAAGGAGGCUGGGGUAGAGGGAUGGGACGUACUCGGCGGUGCAAGUGAGACAGCAGGACGAUAUUUCGUCGUUAGAACUGGAUCAUCUAAGCCAGCCUAA